AUGAAUAUCACUGGUCAUAAAAGUAUUCAAGGUGUACAUGCAUAUAAAAAUGUCAACGAGCAACAACACAUUAACACAAUGAAGACUUUGAUUCGUACAAUUGAACCAUUAACUGAUUUAACAAAUAUUGUAAACCAAGAUUCUUCUGUAGUACUUACUGAAUCCACCAGAUCUUACAUAAAUACGAAUUCAUUUUCUUCACAAGGUACAACAAAUGUUGGUCAGGGUCAAAUUACUGGUGACUUUCAAAAUCAACUACCGAUUUUUAAUAAUUGUCACUUUUCUAAUGUUACGUUCAAUUCAUAA